AUGACGUCAGCCGUGUAUAAUUCCACUAAUUCAGCAGAUCAAAAUAACUUUCGGAACCAAAGUUCAUCACCUGCAAAUGGCGAUAUAGAAAAACAAUUUGUCGAUGCUAAAGCCUACAUUCUCGCAUCAACAACCAAAGACGGCAUAAAUUUAUAUGAUCAUCUCGCACACUGUCUGACACGAUUGCUCAAUGAACAACCACGUAAUUCGACUGAAAUAUUUGAAGAUAUUAGUAAAGAUGUAAAACGUGAAACAUCUCGUCCACAGCACGAUACAUUACGAGAUAGAGAUGCACCUGAUAGUGAACAUAGUUUAGCUGAAGAACAAAAACCAUUGUUUGAGAAACCUGAUAAUGCAGAUCAACUUGAUGAUGAAGCACUUCAAUCACCACUACCAAAUCUGCUGGAAUAUGCCUAUUAUUUUGAACAGUCUGGCAUCGGUCUUGGACGUGAAGAAACAUACAGAAUUUGGCUGGCAUUGAAACAAUUAGUAGACAAACAUCAGUUUGAAAAAGUACGAUUUUGGGGCAAAAUAUUUGGAAUUCAAAAAAACUAUUAUAUUGCAGAGGUGAAAUUUGGAGACGAUGAAAUGGCGGAUGAAGAAGAAGAAGAACAAAAGGAUAGCGAAGAUGGGAAAGAAAUUGAAGAAGAAGAACAAGAACAGGAAGAAGAUCCCCUACCAAAAUCAACAUUUAAAACACCUCAAGAAGUUCCAAAGGAAGAGAGAGGCACUGGAGCUGGAAUGCCGUGGACAAAACUUCCACAAGUGACACCCGCUCAAAUAUCACAAGCUCGAAAUAUCAAAUUAUUUCUUACUGGAGAUUUAAAUCGAGAAAUAACCUCUUAUCCAUCAUAUCCAGGAGUGGAAAAACAUUAUUUACGAGCUCAAAUUGCACGAAUCAGUGCUACAACACAUGUUAGCCCUGCGGGAAGAUUCAAAUUUAAUGAUGAAGAAGAGGAAGCCGAGGAAGAGGGUGGCCGAGAUAAUUAUCAAGAUAAUGAAGAAUUUAAAGGUGCUGCACUGUCCGAACUAAUUGAUGAAGAAUUUAACGGCUGGGUACAUCAUGUACAACAUAUAUUACCACAAGGUCGAACAAAAUGGUGGAAUCCAAAACAAGACUCUGAGAAAGAAGAAGAAAACGAAGAAGAAGAAGAGGAAAUGAAAGCUGAAGGAGCAGAAGAAAUUGAACCUGAAUCUGGACCACCACUUCUGACACCUGUAGGUGCUGAUGCCGAAAUUGAAGGUACUCGACCAUGGACAGCAAAAAUAUCAUCAUUACUGAUACCGCAGUAUGCAUGUGCAUUUGUAAGAAGUAAUUUAUGGCCAGGCGCUUAUGCAUUUGCGAGAGGAAUGAUUUGGGAAAAUUUAUAUGUCGGUUGGGGACAUAAAUACGCAAUGACUGAUUAUGGACCACAAUUACCACCUGAACCAGCUGCAGAAUAUGCAGAUGGACCUGAUAUUGGUGAGACAGAAGAUCCAUCACCUGAAGAAGAAGCACGAGCGAGAGCCAGUCAAGAAGAAGCAGCUGAGGAGGGUGAAGAGGAACAUGAAGAAGAAUUGGAAGGCGACGAGGAUGACGACUAA